CUUUCCAACUUGUCCCAUACCCGCCCCAGCGCCGUUCCUUUUUCCAUCCGCUGCCGCCUUGCACACCAACGACCACCAGGAGCGCAUUCAAUCGAGUCGAGCAGCCAGACGAGAACGCGCGGGCCGAGUAGAGCCGACCUGGAGAGGAGCCAUCAAGACAAGCAAGACAAGUCCAGCCGGGAGCAGUCAGUGAGGUGGCGUGCUGCAACAACCACAAGUCCACCAACCACACAGCUAUGCAAGCCGCUGCGGGAUGCGCGUUGUGUGAUGCGACCUACAUACACACACACAUAUACAUCAUGUACUGUACGGUACUGUGUUUCUGCUUGCUCUAGCCCGCAAUAGAGAAACGGACACGGACAUGGAGAACGAGUACGUAGUCUGUAUCCAACGCCAAACAUCGUGGCCGAAUGCCAGCCCAACACGGGUCCUCAGCAUCGAGUCGGUCCAAGCCAGAUGACGUUUGGACGCCUCGUGGGAGCACACCAGACGGUUAGUUGGUAAAUAAGGCGUGUGCGUGUGCGUGUGCGUGAGAGCCGUCCAACUCUGGGACCUUAUCGCUAUCGUCCCAUGGAUCUCUACUUGUCUAACCAGCUAGCCGAACGAACCAUCGUCGUCUGUGCGCCCAACUACUCUGUUCCUUCACUGCUGUCUCUACAUGUAUCUUCAUACAUAUGGACAUCUUGGUUCAUCCUUUGAAACACCGCUUCCAAUCAUUCAACGUUCCGAUCCUCAAGUCGUGGAUAUCAAAGCGUGCUACACGAGCAUCAGCCAACUCGAGGCGACUGCCUUUUACCCAACUGUGAACGACGGCAGGAGCAACCGUUCCUUCCGCUGUCACUUCCCCAUGUUGCACCCCACCACCUUCUUCAGGCCUAAUGCUCCUGCCAUAUGUCUCCGCCGCCUUGAUUCGGACGUGUAACCAUCCCUUCAUCCCGUUGCACAGCUCCCCCGUCUUCACCAACAGUCUCCGCCUCCGAAGAACCAUCUUCGCUUGCAUUUCUCUUGCCACCGACUUGCUUUUGAUAUGCCGUACAACGCUAUAUUGGCACUUGCACAUCGAGUGCAUGCCAUCACUGACUUGGAUUUCCUUUAGCAAAGCUUCACAGCAUUCGCCCCCCCCCCCAGUUAGCCAUUCCCCGAUCGCAGGCUUCAACGUGCUGUGGAAUAUGGACAUUCAACGAUGGCUGGAUGAUACAGUGACUCCAGAGCAGCCCCCGAGCCCGGUCAAAGACUCGAUCAAGUCUGUCCACGAUCGCCCAAAACGUACAGACCGAGCAGACUGGGUGGAUCAAAGAACGGGACGAAUCGGUUCGGACAGUUCAUUCCUUGACAUUGCACAACGGCCCAAAGCACGUCCCCCGCCAGAGCCCGAGAACGGCCCACGCAAGAACCUGAGCAGUUCUCACCCCAGUGGUCAGUCGGACAGUGACCGUUCAGCCCACAGCUACAAGCGCCAGCCCCGACGCAAAACUCGCGUCGAGCGCUACGAGACUACCUCCAAGGAUAAAAAGAAACGGGGGGUGCAUGACCCUCAUCGUAGACACGGCGAAUCAUCGACGUCAAAACGCAGAGCCAAGCGCAAAAGAGUCGACAAGGACCACAGCGACAUGGUACAGAGCUUCCAUGCCAGCAACGUGUCCACAGAUAGGCUAACGUUGAAGCCUCGAGGCAAGCUGGGCUUGUUCAGCAUGGGCAGGGCUUCUUCACCCGUCAAGGGGCGUGGCUUGCCAGACCUGGUCUUCUCAGAGAUGAAAUUUCUCCAAAGACAACACGGUGAAGAGGAGCCUCAAUCGCCACCACAAAGUCACGACAAGAGAAACAAGAAUAUAAACGCAAGGUCAAAGGAGGAAGUGUCAGCACACUUCAUUGCUAGACGGUCCGCCCAAGUGGAGGACAAGAUCGCCGACUGUGCAAAAGAUGGACACGACUUUGUUCAGCAAACUCCAUCUGUGGUUGAUAACGUCGUGGCUACUAUCGAAGUGGGAGCAGGAACGCCUACUCCUGAUCACUCCAAGCAGAAACCACCUGGUCAUGAAAGCGAAGGCUAUAUUUCCUGGUCUGAGUCGAUACGCGCUUCUAGCGGCAUGCAAGCACCUCGCCCAGUGAGAUCUACACCCAGCAUCAGCCAGUCGGGUUAUAUACCUGAUGACCACACUGGAUGGCCUAUGGAUGAAAAGAGGUCAUGGCACACUCAAGAUGCCCCCGCUGGCACCGUCAGCCACAUAUCAAGUACUAACAAGCAUCCGAUCUACUUCUCUUCUAUGCAGCCAGGCAAUGUUCGUGCUCCUCAAACGUACGCAUCCACUCAAUUCGAUUUCUUGCACCAACAUAGAAGUCCGGCCGAUCGAGUCGCAUCUCAUCAUAGGCCCUUGAAUGAGGCAUUUGCAGGUUAUACAUUACCGUCGGGACGAACGCUUGACAUCUGGGAGGACCGAUUUAGUCAUGGUCGUCACGUCCCCAGCCCCUUGAAGUGCAAAGAUGCAUCGCUCCAAGAUACUCGUGGCAAACAUACGUCAACUGAUCCUACGUACGGCUAUAGUGCAACUCGCGACUCUAUCUUUGCGAAGAUCGACACUCAGGCCCAAUCGAAUCAGAGAGAGCUGGAUCAAAGUGCAGCUGAGGAAGCGCGACAAGCCGAAGUUGCUCAGCAUGUGAUGGACGAGGGGAAUACAGCCAGAGGAGUCCCUAUACUUGGGAUACCGAAGGCACUGAACGAGUCAUCUUCUUCGAUGCGAAGGAACUCGACAAUCCCACUGCUUGAUUUGCGCACUGUAUAUCGUCCGCGUGUGCAUGGUCUUUCUAUGCCUGGAAUAUACGAGCAGCAAGAGCAGCGCGAGCUUGAACUGCAAUACGGAGCUCUCGAUGAUACGCAUCCAUUGAUAUCCAACCAUUACCAUGGACAGGGUACCUUUGGCAAGGAAGAAGUAGACGAUGGACGCGAAUCGAUCUUUGGCAAAUCGCAGCAUGCAUCGUAUGGGGAAGUCUUUGCGAACAUCACAACUGGUCUGGUACCCGCUGAACAAACCGAUGAAGUACAAAGUAUUACCAGUACACGGAGCCAUGCUCUUGUGCAACCUGGGUUUUGGAGGCGUCAUAGGUUGUUCUAG